AACUUCAGUUUCAGAUGAGCCCAUAACGUUCAUAACAUUCAUAACGUUAGCGUACAUAUGUUGUGUUGAAUAGGCUGCGAAAAUGGUAAGUCGAAUCGCCCAUAACGACUUCAUUAUAGUCUCCCGUCAAUUGCUGAUCAAUCGAGCCGACACGGAUAAGGACAAACGGAGUGCCAAGAUGCUCAUUAUCUACAGCACUGGAAAGCAGCACAUCGUCACCUUCAAGCUGCCCAUCCAUGCGUUUACAGUGCAAAAGCUGUUUCUCAAGAUGAACCUUCAUAUGGAGGAUACCAUCACGAUUGAUUGCAUGGAGAAUGCCGGUGGUAUUAUCCAUUUGGUGGUCUCUGUGGGAUUCGCCAUCGGUGAUACCAUUGCCGAUACGAUUGCCAAGGCGGAGGAGUUCUACAAGAAGGUGCAUCAGUCCAGGUCGUCCGCUGAUGCCGCUCCUCGCAACGCGGUGCCCGUUGAAGAGCCACCAUCUCUUCCGGUUGUCAAGCCAUCGGUGGUCUCUGUGGGCUUCGCCAUCGGUGAUACCAUUGCCGAUACGAUUGCCCAUGCGGAGGAGUUCAACAAGAAGGUGCAUCAGUCAAAGGCGUCUGCUGGUGCCGCUCUUCCCAACGCGGUGCCCGUAGAAGUGCCACCAUCUCGUGCGGUUGUCAAGCCAUCGGAGACUUCGGUGGCCAACAAUGGUUGCCAGCCAGCUGCAACCAAAGGCAAGAAGCACAAGAAAAGACAUUGCGCUCCGGGAGACCCCAAUGCUGACAAACCGAUAUCGUCGGCGAAUCAAGACGUCAAUACUUCCAAGACCAAGAAACAUAAGAAGGGCCAUUCUACAAAGGACAGGAAUGGUUAUCAACUUGCUGGUGCUCAAGACAACCCAGGUUCAUCUGGCAAUAAACAGGGAAAUCAAACCCCUACGGGUAACACCUCAAAUUCUCCAAAGAAGAGUAGUACUGCCCAAGUGAUAUCGUCGGUGGAUCAAGACGACAAUACUCCCAAGACCAAGAAACAGAAGAAGUGUCAUUCUGCAGAGGACAGCAAUGGUUAUCAAGUUGCUGGUGCUCAAGACAACCCAGGUUCAUCUGGCAAUAAACAGGGAAAUCAAACCCCUACGGGUAACACCUCAAAUUCUCCAAAGAAGAGUAGUACUGCCCAAGUGAUAUCGUCGGUGGAUCAAGACGACAAUACUCCCAAGACCAAGAAACAGAAGAAGUGUCAUUCUGCAGAGGACAGCAAUGGUUAUCAAGUUGCUGGUGCUCAAGAUAACCCAGGUUCAUCUGGCAAUAAACAGGGAAAUCAAACCCCUACGGGUAACACCUCAAAUUCUCCAAAGAAGAGUAGUACUGCCCAAGUGAUAUCGUCGGUGGAUCAAGACGACAAUACUCCCAAGACCAAGAAACAGAAGAAGUGUCAUUCUGCAGAGGACAGCAAUGGUUAUCAAGUUGCUGGUGCUCAAGACAACCCAGGUUCAUCUGGCAAUAAACAGGGAAAUCAAACCCCUACGGGUAACACCUCAAAUUCUCCAAAGAAGAGCAAUGGUCUCCAGGGCGUGCAACCAGCUGGAGAUGCUCUCGCAAGCUCCCAGUCAAUCCAGUCGAAGGACCAAGUCGCACAUGCCACUGUUAGCAAGAAAUCGGAAGAGACAGCUGGAGGAUCUCAAUCGCGGGUGCAACCGAAUGUUGCAUCCAUACCGGCACCAGCCGAGAAAGCAACUAGGGACACUAUACCCACACCUGCAGAACGCGCAGAGAAGAGUCGCCUGCGCCGGAACAGCAACUGGAUAAUAAGCAGGGACUUUGACGAUGAAGUCAUUGUGCUGUUGAGCAGCGAGGAUGAGGAGACCACCGCCGCCGACAAUGGCCAAACAGAGGGAAGACUCUUCGUCGACGAGAAUCCAACGCUUUUCACAUAUCCGCCCACCGGAACCGGUGGCCUGAGCAUCACCAUUAAGGACUAUAUGCGUCUCAAGGAAGGCUCAUUUCUGAACGACAUAAUCAUUGAUUUUUAUCUGCGCUGGCUAAAGAAUAACAUCAUACCAGAGGGUCAGCGCGAUAGGACGCACAUCUUUAGCACAUUUUUCCACAUGAGAUUGACCACAGAGACGAGUCCCAACAACACGAAGGAGCCGGUGGCCAAGAGGCGUCACGAAAGGGUAAAGAAGUGGACACGAACCGUGAAUAUAUUCGAGAAGGAUUUCAUCAUAAUACCAUUCAACGAGAACUCCCAUUGGAUACUGGCCAUCAUAUGUUUUCCAAACCUGAAGACCUCCGUGGUUAACCAUGAUGUACAGACACCCGGCGAAGACAUUCCAAUCAAACAGCCAUUGAUUCUCAUCUUCGAUUCGUUGGAGAGCAACUCACGCUAUCGACAUAUUGCCAUAUUGCAUGAUUACCUCAACUUCGAGUACAAGGCAAAGUAUCCGAAAGAGCGGGCCCGCAUCUUCAACUGGGAUAAUAUGCCCGGUCUCAUUGUGGAGGUGCCGCAGCAGGAGAAUCUCACCGAUUGCGGCCUCUAUCUGCUGCAGUAUGCGGAGCAAUUCUUCACAAAACCCAUCGUUAACUAUAAGCUGCCCAUUAGGGAGCUGAUCGAUUGGUUUGACCUGCUCACAGUAACCAAGAAGCGCGAGGAUAUCGCCAAUCUCAUCCAGAAGCUGAUGAAUGAAGGCAAUCAGCAGGGCAUAACUUUGCCCGUCAUAAAGUUUCCCACACUGAAUGGCAUAAUGGUGAUGGAUGUGGAUGACGAAAAGGAAUGUGACACGGAGGAAGAGAACCAAACUAUAAACCAAUAUAGUUUUGAAACCAGAACACCGCCGAAAAGAAGGCAUACACUCAAGUAAACCACUUGUGAAGUGGCUGCUUCGGAAAAUUAUAUUUUCACACAGAAGAACUGAAGACGGCGACAACGCAAUGCACACACGUUUGGAACACUAUGUGGAGCAAGUGACACGGAGGUGGGUUCACCAGAAUUAUACGUUUUUUCCCCAAAAUCAAGAACACUUUCACACACACACAAGUCACCAAAAAGAGCAGUGCGGCCAACAAGACGAUAAAGAUGCUACCUACCAGAGAGAGAGAAAGAGAGACACAGAUCAGGAUCACAGGAUGAGCAGGAUAAGCAGCAUGAGCAGGAUAAGCAGGAGCUGGAUGCCAGGAGGUGGAGAAUGGCCAAACAUCAAGAAAAAUUCUAAAUUUAGAGUCACCAAAUUAAUAGAAAAUAUUUUUUUUUGUAAAUAGCAAAAUAAACGGUCCAUAGGACCAAUAAAAAU